AUGUUGACCUGCAUUCCUUGCGGCAAAGUCUUCAAAGACUUCAAAGAUCUUCUCACACACAAGCGCAUCAUGAGGGAUAACGGCAGCGAGCACAUCCACUGCUCCUUUUGCGGUGCGGACUUCAAGACCAAGGAGGCUGAAGCGAUUCACAUUCAGCAGUAUCACCCAAAGGAACAGAAUCUCUUCUGCUCCGGAUGUGGAAAGGGACCUUUUGCUCGUGUCGGCGGCCUUGUAGCGCACAUUCAGAAGGAUUGCCCUCGUAUCGAUAACGAGACUAUCGAAAGUCUCCGUGAGAAGAAGCUGGAGUUCUCCAACGCCCUUGUUGCUGCUACCAAGGAACCUCUCAAAUCUGCCUACGGAGGGUAUAUGCCUGGUGCCUCCGACGCCUCCAGCACUUGGGGCUUUGAAGAAUCUCGUCCUUUCGUCAACGACAAGGAUGCAUUUCCGACUCUUGGCGCGGGCAUCGGCUCUCAAAUGCGCAACAAGGAGAACGUCAGGGAAAACAUCAACUCAGGCUCCGGUCCUCAGGUGAACAGCAAGGGAAAGGAGAAGGCAAACGACUGGAACCAGGGAAAGAAUCUUUUCCCAGAUGCCCCUGCUGCUCAGAAACCUACGCAACAGCAACUCGACCAGGCUACUGCCCCCAAUGCCCGAGAUGCCUAUGGGCUUAUGAGCAUUCACAAUCCAAGCCAUCCCAACUUCAACGUUGGCCGCUACGCCUGUCAAUUCACCGGCAAAUACAACUGCCCUGUGGCCUCUUGCACCAAGACCUUCAAAUCAGGCCCAGCUCUUCUUGGUCAUCUCAAGUCUGAAGCUCACUCUGAGACCAAAUACCGUUGCCCUUACUGUCUCAACACUUUCAACUCCCUGACUGCUAUUGUUCAGCACGCUGAGUCCAACGGAGUCAAGUGCAAGAUUCGUGAGAUGGACAACUUCCGUCCUUAUCUGGAUCAGUUGCUUGCUGGCUUGGUCGACGUCAAAACGGAGAAGAACAAGGAUGGUACUCUUCAGUUUGUUGUCGCCAAGGACUUUACUCGUCCUGGUCAGCAGAGUGCUCCUGCUCCCAAACGUGAGUACAAGCAUGAGGAUAUCAAGUGGUAA